AUGGCAGACACUACGGCGGAAACCACGCCCCCCAGCGUGGAAGAGACGACGCUAUCGGAGCCCACCCCCCAGCCCGACGCGGUCGUCAAGAAGCGCAUCAUCCGCAAGAAGCGACGCCCCGCGCGCGUCCAGGUCGAAGCCGACAAGGCCAAGGAGAUCCAGGCCCAGUUCCAGCCCCAGUCCGGCACAACCUACAACAUCUACUACAACAAAUGGGCGGGCGGCGAUCGGGAGGACUCUUCGCAACAGGCCGCUAAAACAAGAUGUAAUCUUGCUCGCGACUCAGGCUACACCAAGGCCGACGCGCAGCCCGGCGCCCACAUUUGUCUUCACUUUGCUCGAGGACUUUGCCACCGCGGUCAGGACUGCGAAUACCUUCACCGCCGACCGACGAUUCAUGACAUCACCCCCCCUCAGAUGGACGUGUUCGGUCGCGAGAAGUUCAACGAUUAUCGGGAUGAUAUGGGCGGUGUCGGUAGCUUUCUGCGACAGAAUCGCACGAUCUACGUUGGUAAAAUCCAUGUCAGUGAUGAUAUCGAGGAGGUUGUUUCGCGUCACUUCGCCGAAUGGGGCGAAAUCGAUCGGAUCAGAGUCUUGACCAGCCGUGGUGUUGCAUUUGUAACCUACAAAACCGAAGCGAUGGCACAAUUUGCGAAGGAGGCCAUGGCCCACCAGAGUCUCGACCACAACGAAAUUCUGAACGUCCGCUGGGCCACGCAGGAUCCGAACCCUCUAGCCCAGAAGCGAGAAGCUCGCCGCAUCGAAGAGCAAGCCGCGGAGGCUAUCCGUCGCGCCCUGCCGGCGGAAUUCAUCGCUCAGAUCGAAGGCAAGGAUGCUCAUGCGAAGAGACAAAAAACCAGCUACGACCUCGAGGGCUAUGAUGAGCCGGAUCAGGUGCGCUUUGCUGUGGGUUUACGAGGAACUGGAGAUGCUCAGCACGAACAGCUCGCACUUCCGGAGCCGCAGGACCAGCACCCACCGGAGGAAAUUCCGCAAGCGCAAGUCGCGCAGGGCGGCAUUUUUUCCAGCAGUACUCUGGCCGCAUUAGGGGCUGCUCGUGCGUCGGUCUCGGCCAAGCCUCAGCAGGUCGCCUCAUUACAGUCGCUGGUAGCCUACGACAGCGACGACGAGUGA